AUGAGACCAAGCACUUUUGCCGUCCUCUGUGCGGCCAGUUGCCUUCAGCAGGCAAUUGCCGCCCCCUCUUUAUCCUCUCUAGGGUCGUCGCUCACGAUCUUAAAGGAAGAGGACUUCCUUGCUGAGAAUUCCCCAAAAUCGGCCUCUGCAAUCCUUGUUGAGAAAGAUAAAACUUAUUCUCAAGGCAAGUUGGUUUGUGACCAACUGACCGAAGAUGUCUGGUCACCAGAUACCCAGGAUUUCUUUGCGGGUGUCAACAGCAGCUUGGCAUACCAGGUCUACCUCGGGAAAUACUCACCAGUCCAACUCUUUUGGAUAAAAUCUCCGAGCUCGGGACCUUGUAAAGCUAUUAGGCUCGGCAGGACGCUAAAUAUAAAAACAGUCUCUUGCAGCAGGAGACUUCCUACCUUGUGUACUCACUCUGGAGCGUGGAGCAAUUACACAUUCACCGACAACUCGGCUCCAUACCAAAUCGAGGUCCCUGCUGGGGGUAUGCAGGUUACUGGCUUCAGAGAUAAAUACGGUUGGAGAUUUGACGGAAUUAAGUACGCAGACUUCCCAGGUCGAUUUGUCCACUCCAAAGUGCGACAAGCUACUGGUGCAGUCAGCGCAUUGGAAUUUGGUGAAGUCUGCUACCAAAACGAGGGCUGGAGAGGCGGCCCAGUGGGAGGUAGCGAAGAUUGCCUGUUCUUGAAUAUUGCAACACCAUACCUUCCGGGUGCAGGUCAAAAGAAGUUGAAACCCGUCCUGUUUUGGCUUCAUGGUGGUGGAUUCACCGGAAACAGCGGAAACAUUAGAAAUUACGAUGGAGUGGCAAUGGCCGCUAGAGGUGAUAUUGUUGUCGUCAAGAUCAACUACAGACUUGGAACAUUUGGCUAUCUUGCUAUUGAUGGCACUCCUAUCAAGGGUAACUACGGCUUCGGCGACAUGAUCACAGCCCUCAAGUGGGUCCGUAGGAACAUCCGUCAUUUUGGAGGUGACCCAAAUAAAGUUACACUUGCAGGAGACUCCGCUGGUGCUGCGGCUGUCAGGGCAAUGAUAGCAAGCCCGAAAGCCGAGGGUCUUUUCUCUGGCGGUAUCCUACAAAGCAUGCCCAGCGGCUGGAGAGGUUACCCUGGACGCUUCACCAAUUAUACCACCCUUGCAGAAGCCACACAGGAGACUGGCAAUGUAAUCUUGCAGAUGACUGGUUGUAAUGCUGCAGCCAAUAAGGCUCACUGCUUGAGGAAUCUCCAUCCCGAUGUUUUGAAUCUACUCCCCGCAAGGGCCAGUGUCCCAGUAGUAGACUACAAUAUAUUCCAUAGCAGGACACUACCGAUCACCGGUGGUCCAGGCUACAUGGCUCGUGUCCCCAUCAUGAUUGGUGCUAAUCGUGACGAGGGCGGUAUGACCGGACUAGACUUCACGGAUCCUAACGCAUCUGCUAUCGAUUUACUCACACCGAUCGCACAAAGAUCUUCAUACUUCUUACAUGGUGAACCAAAGGAUCUCGUCGCUAUGGCCUCCCUUCCAGAGUUCCCCACCCCGGCGAUCCCCUACGGAGGCCAGAACGUUAGCAUUAGAAUUUUAACUGAUAUAAACUUCAAGUGUGAAAGCUGGGCUACUGCAUAUUCGGGCAGAAAGCACAACACACUUGGCGAUGUCUAUACCUUCACCUUCAACAGGACUUAUCAGCCACUUUGGUGGACCGGGUCGCAAUGCGAACCUCCAAAGUCACCAGAACAUCCUCUCGGGGAUCCAGAUCAGGAAUACUUCAAAUGUCACUCUGGAGAAGUUGAUUUCGUACUUGGAAUGACUACCUACAGUGGCGAGUUCCAAAGAAACGAGCUGGACAUUCCGUUCCAGCAAUUGAUCGUUGAUUACUGGUCCUCUUUCAUCAAAUCGGAGGACCCUAAUCCUCCAAAGGCGUACUUGAAGGCUCGAAACUACUGGGGAACUUUGAACCAAAUUGAGGCAACCGGUAGAUGGCAGAAGUUCAACCGCCACAACCGAAAGAUGCGAUGGCUUCAGUGGAAUGGUGGGCAGGUUGAUCUGGACGAAGAGGAGCAGUGCGAAGCUUUGGACCUCCCGUUGACCUUCUACGAGUAA